AGUCGCGAGCGCGCAGACGCACGCGCCGCGCAGAGCUGCGGCGAGUGGCGACACGAGAGCGCGCACGUGACGUCAUUACAAUAAUCAAUAAUAUUCACUUGAUAAUUAACUAAUUGUGGUUAGUGAGGCAUUAUGUUGUUCUGCAUCCUGCUGCUAGCCGUCGUCCUCAGCGCCGCCCAGGAAGUUCGCAUCGGUGUAGUGGAGAGCCGGCCGGAGCGCGCGGCGCAGCUGGCGGCGGCGGUGGAUGCGGCGCUGCGGCUAGCGGGCGCGGCGCCGCCCGAGCCCGCUCCUGCCGCGCCCGCCGAGCCGCACGAGCCGCUCGCCGUGCCCGCGCACGUCUGCGCUCAGGCGAGCGAGGGCGCGCAAGCUACGCUGGGGACGAGCGCAGGAGGCGCGGCGGCGGCGCGCGCGGGGCUGCUACUGCUACUGGCGGAGCCAGGCGCGGCCGCCCGCCCCGACCCCGACCCCGCCGCGCUCGCCCUCUACCCACACCCGGACGUGCUGGCUGAGGCUAUCGCGGCGCUGUGCGAGGCGAAGGGGUGGCGCGAGGCGGUGGUACUGCACGAGGGCAGCGCGCGCGCCCUGCCGCAGCUGGCGCCGGCCGGGCGCGAGCUCACGUUCCGCGCGCGCCAGCUGCCGCCGCCGCACGACGACGACGCGCUGCGGAACCUGCUGCUCGUGCUGAAGAAGUGGGGCGCGGUCAACUUCGUCGUAUGGUGCGGCGCUCCCUGCAGCGUACGCGUGCUGGACGCAGCGCAGCGCGUGGGGCUGCUGGCCGAGCGCCACUCCUACCUGCUGCCCGCGCUCGACCUGCACACACUGCCGCUCGCUGAAUACAGCCACGGCGGAGCCAACAUCACCGAAUUACAUGAUCACCAAUACCUGUAA